AUGGCCAGCCGGUGCCGGGGCUCGAUCUCAGCAGACGACGUGGUGGCCGCACGCUUACCUGCGAGGCCGGACCUCUGCCAGUACCUGCCUGACCCUCCUGCUGCCCCCACGCCCGGCCCCGCUGCCCGGCUGGCCAUGCCUCCCCCCAGAUGGGGCAACCUGUCGGACACCGCCCUGCAGGGGUUCGUGCUGCUGGGGUUUGAGGGCGGCGAGCAGACGCAGGCCCUGCUCUUCGCCCUGUUCCUGGGCCUGUACGUGGUGACCGUGCUGGGCAACCUCACCAUGAUCGUGGUCAUCACCCUGGACGCCCGCCUGCACUCCCCGAUGUACUUCUUCCUCAAGAACCUGUCCCUCGUGGACCUGUGCUACUCGUCCGUCAUCGCCCCCAACGCCCUGGCCAACUUCUUCUCCUCCUCCAAGGCCAUCUCCUUCCUGGGCUGCGCCACCCAGUUCUUCUUCUUCUCCCUGUUUGGUACCACCGAGGCCUUCCUGCUGGCCAUGAUGGCCUACGACCGCUUCAUGGCCAUCUGCAGGCCCCUGCGCUACCCGGUCACCAUGCGCCCCUCGGCCUGCGCCCGCUUGGUGCUGGGCAGCUACUGCGGAGGCUGCGUCAACACCCUGGUGCAGACCAGCUUCACCUUCAGCCUCCCGUUCUGCGGCUCCCGCCGCGUCAACCACUUCUUCUGCGACGUGCCCCCGCUGCUGCCGCUGGCCUGCGCCGACACCACCCUCAACCGGCUGGUCAUGUUCGGCGUCUGCGGGCUCGUCAUCGUGGGCACCUCGCUGGCGGUGCUCGUGUCCUACGGCUACAUCGCGGGCACCAUCCUGCGCACGCGCGCGGGCUCGGCGCGCCACAAGGUCUUCUCCACCUGCGGCUCCCACCUGACGGCCGUCGGCCUCUUCUACGGCACCGUGUUCGUCAUGUACGCGCAGCCCGGCGCCGUGGAGUCCCUGGAGCAGGGCAAGGUGGUCUCGGUCUUCUACACCCUGGUCAUCCCCAUGCUCAACCCGCUCAUCUACAGCCUGCGCAACAGGGACGUGAAGGAGGCCCUGCGGCGGCUGGGCCAGAGGCGCGCGGGGCUGUGA